AUGUUAUUACGUCGGAUGUUCAAUUUUCGAGGAGGGGGAAGUGAUGGAUCGCGUUCUGUGACGCUCGAAGCUUUCGCGAUAGUUCACAAGUGCAAAUUGAGUUACCCGCCAAGAUUCGAAAAUCAUGUUGGAAUCAUAGUACUUAUGGAGGAUACAAAAAAUGAAAAUAUGGAGGAAGUAAAUUUAACUUUAAAGCCUGAAGAAGCUGAAUCACAAGCAAAAAUAGUAAAAAGUGAUAUUAAAGAGCAGAUUGAAAGCAAGGAGAAUGAGUUAAUAGAAGAAGCUGUAAAAGAGUCACAGCAAGAUGACAUUAAAAAUGAUGUUGAAGAGGAGUGUGAAAAUCAAAAGGACAUAGAAUUUCAACAUGAGAAAAUUAUAACUGAAUUACAAUCAGAAAUUGUAAUCGAAUCACAGACAGAGAUUAUAACAGAAUCACAGCUGGAAACUGACACUGAAUUACAGUCAGAAAUAAUCAAUAGUGAGGAAACUGAAAAUAGAAAAGAUGCAGAACUUCCUGAAGAAAUUUUAACAGAAGACCAAGAAAAUUUAGUUAUGAUUAUGGAUGAUAAUACUGUAGAUUCAGCAAAUAUAGAAACAUCAAGUGAUAUUGAAAUGGAUAAUGAAAAAGUAAAAAUAGCUGAUGCACGGGAUUUAGAGUUAAAUAAAAAUGAGACCAAUGCUAACAAGCAACAAUUGGAAGAUAAUUUAAAGGAUAUCAACAAAGAUAAUUUGAAAGAUAUUUUAGAAACUGCCAGUAAUGUGGAAGAAAUAUUCUCUGAAGAACGGUGCCAAAAUACACAAGAUAUUGUUACAAGUAUAUUAGAUGAUGUAAGAAGUGCAACUGACUUCAAAAAUAUUUUAAACACAGAAACAGUUGUAGCGAAUGAAAUAGAAGAGGCCCUGCAAGAAUCUGGAAAUUUACCAUUAGCUGAAGCUGAAAUUGAAGAAUUAACUAAAAAAUUGCCACAAGAUUCAGAAGAUAUCUUGAACAAAGAUAUGGAGGAUUCAAUCUCAGAACACAUAGAUUCUCUAGAAGGAUUGUUAGGCUUAGAUUUAAUGCCAGAAGGAGAUGAUUCAUCGUUGAAAUCAACAAAAACUGAAGAGGAACUUCAGAAAUCAGAUCAGUUAUCAAAGGUUGUGGACAUGAGUCUUUUAUUAGAACAUUCAGAUCCCACUUCUGACAUGACACAAACCUCUGAUUACAUUACACAUGUAAUCAGUAGUUGUUUAACGGAUAGAAGUCAUAUAUCAUUAGAAACCACAGAGAAACCCAAUGCAAUUGAAAUUGAUGAUAAAGUUAAAGAAUCUGCAGCUAGUGAUAUGUUGGAAAUCAAUGAAAGUGUAAUUAGUGAGUCUAUAGGCAAAGAUGAAAAUGUUGAAGAUUUGCAGAAAGAUUUAAAAGAAGGUACUGAUUUGACAGAAAAUGAAUUGGACAUGGAUUUUGAAGAAGCUCAGCUGGAAUCCGUAGGGGAUCUUGAAGAAAUAGAAUCACAAUCAGAAAUAGAUAAAAGCGAUCUUGAAGGAGAAACUGAAACUACAAAAGAUGCAGGAGAAGUAAUUGUAGUAAAAAGUCAAGAAAAUUUAAUUAUUAGCCUGAAUGAUAAUAAUACUGCAGAUUCAACAAAUGUGGAAACAGCAAGUGAUAUUGAAAUGGAAUUGGCUUCAGAUAUCUUAUUGCACAACGUAGAUCACAAUAGUAAGAAUGAAAAUAUGGGUGAUUUGCAAAAGAAUUUAAAAGAGGAUACUGAUUUGGCAGGAAAUGAAUUAGACAUUGAUUUUGAGGAAGCUCAACUAGAAUCCAUAGAUGAUCUUGAAGAAACAGAAUCACAGACAGAAAUAAUUAAAAGUGAUAUUGAAGAAACAGAAUCACAGACAGAAAUAGUUAAAAAUGAUCUUAAAGAAACUGAAUUGCAGAUGGCAACAACUAAAAGUGAUCUUAAAGAAAUUGAAUUGGAAACAGAAAUAACUAAAAGUGAUUUUGAAGAAACUGAAUUGCAGAUGGCAACAAUUAAAAGUGAUCUUAAAGAAACUGAAUUGGAUACAGAAAUAACUAAAAAUGCUGUUAAAGAAACAGAAUCACAGAUAGAGAUAGCUAAAGGCAAUGUUGAAUCUAUAAUUAGAAAUGAUGUAGAACUUCCUGAAGAAAUUAUAACUGAAUCACAGCUGGAAAUAAAUAAAAUUACUGUUGAAGAAGAACCUGAGAAUAAAAUGGAUACAAAUGCUGUUGAAGAACAAUUUGAGAAUAAAAUAGAUACAAAUGCUGUUGAAGAACAAUUUGAGAAUAAAAUGGAUACAAGUGAUGUUGAAGAAGAAUUGGAGAAUAAAAUGGAUACAGAACUUAUUGAGCAACUUACAACUGAAUUAGAACCAGAAGUAAAUAAAAGUAAUGUUGAAGAAGAAUUUAAAAAUAAAAUGGAAAUAGAACUUACUGAACAAAUUAUAACUGAAUCGCAGGUAGAAAUAAAUAAAACUAAUGUUGAAAAGAAAUCUGAGGAUAAGAUUGAUACAAAACUUACUGAAGAAAUUACAAUUGAAUCACAGUCAGAAAUUACAAUUCAAUCACAGUCAGAAAUUACAAUUGAAUCACAAUCAAAAAUUGCAACUGAAUCACAGUUAGAAAUAUAUAAAAAUGAUGAAGAAACAUCUGCAGAUAAAAAGGAAACAGAACAUAUCGAUGAAAUUAUAAGCAAUCUACAGCCAGAAAUAGUUAAAAGUGUUAUUGAAGAAGAACAUGAGACUAUUCUUGAGAAAAUAGUAACAGAAGAACAAGAAAAUUUAACUAUUAAUGUGGAUUGUGAAAUUGAAAGUUUAUCAAAUGUGGAAGAGUCAAAUAAUAUUGAAACAGGAUUGAUUUCAGAUAUACUGUUGGAUAAUGUGGAUCAAGUUAGCAAGAAUGAAAAUACUGAGAAUUUGCAAAAAGAUUUAAAAGAAGAUAUUAAUUUGACAGAAAAUAAAUCACACAUGGAUUUUAAGGAAGCUGCAGUAGAAUCUGGAAGUAAUUUUGAAAAAACAGAAUUACAGUCAGAUCCAAUCAAAAUCACUGUUGAAGAAGUAUCUGAAAAUCAAAAAGAUCCAACACUUCGUACAGAAAUUAUAACUGAAUCACAACCAGAAAUUAUAACUAAAUCACAACCAGAAAUUAUAACCAAAUCUCAAUCAGAAAUAGAGAAAAAUAAUAUUGAAAAAGAAUGUGAGAAUAGGAAAGAUAUAGAAUUCUCUGAAGAACUUGCAGCAGAAGAUCAAGAAAAUUUUGAUGUUAAUACUUUAAAUUCAUCAAAUGUGAAAAGACCAAAUGAUAUUGAAACAGAAUUAAUUUCAGAUAUACUGUUGCAUAAUGUGGAUCAAGAUAACAAAGAUGACAAUGAGGAUUUACAGAAGGAAUUAAAAGAGGAUGUUAAUUUGGCAAAAGAUGAACUGAACAUGGACUUUGAAGAAGCUCCUCUAGAAUCUAUAACUAAGAUUGAAGAAACAAAAUCACAGCCAGUAAUUGUAAAACAUGAUGUUGAAGAGGAACCCGAAAAUAAAGAGAAUGUAAAUCUUUUUGAAGAAAUUGUAGCGGAAGAUAAUUCAGGAAAUCUAACAGAAGAUAAUCCGGUAGAAGGUAAUCUAACAGAAGAUAAUUCAACAGAGGAUAAUUUAGCUCAAGAUAAUCUAGCAGAGUGCAAUCUAAUAGAGCAUAAUUUAAUACAACAUAAUGUAGUAGAGAGUAAUAUAAUAGAAGAUAAUUUAGCAUUAAAUAAUCUUGCAGAAGAUAAUGUAGCAGAAAAUAAUCUUGCAGAAGAUGAUCUAGCAGCAGAGAAUUUAGUUACUGACAUGAAUGACAAUACUGCAGAUUCAUCAAAUGUGGAAAGAUCAACUGAUAUUGAGAUAGAAUUGUCUUCAGAUAUCUUGUUGCAUAAUGUGGAUCAUGAUGAAAAUUUAGACGAUGCUCCGACUGCCAUAGAAACAUCUCAACCUAGUUCUGAAAUAUCCGAACUUGAAUCGGCUGUUAAAUUUCUGCAAGAGUCUGAAGAACAAGCAAUGGACUCGCCGUUGGUAUUAUCUCCCAAAAUGAUGGAAAGUGUCGUAGAUGAUAUAUCGAAACAGACAGAUGCAUCAUCUCUAUUUGUACACGAAGAUAUGUGCGAGAAUACAUCAGAAUUAGAAGCGGAACUGCAAAAAAUUGCAACAGAUUCUAUCGCUAUUUCUGAAGCGGAGAUUAUCUCGGAAGCUGCGAAACUGGAAAGUGAAAGGAAACUUGUCGAACAAAUUAAGAUUGAUGCUUUGAAAGGUAAGUUUGAGAUAAAUGAUGAUAAAGAAACAAUAAAUGAAGACGUAAUCGAAGAGAAAGUAACAAUGUCUACUGAGGCGAAAUUCGAUGUAACAGCUUUAGAGAACAUUGAGAUGCAGCAAGCAUCAAACUUAGAAAGCAAUAAGGUAUCUGAAACAAUAGUAACUUUAUCCCAGAAUGUUUUAAAGACAUCCGAAUCUAUACCAAAAGUUUCUAUUUUAGAGGAACGUUUAAAAGAACCACCUAAGAUAGAAAUUCCUACUACAGACGUGACGAAAGUUUCACUGUCUCCCACCAUCUCCAAAGACAGUCUUUUGAUUCAAAAGGAUGCAAAAUUAAUUGCCUAUCAAAAGAUGUUGGAAUCGCCGAAGAUGUCUGAUAAAUCAGAAUCGAAGUUUGUUGAAACGCCUCGAAAGGAUUCUGAAAAACACGAUUUCGAAAAUGUUGGAUCUCCAAGAAUUAUUCUAAAGAUAGCAAAGUCUGCAAUCACUGAUUGUGGGGAGCCGAGAUCUCCUAAAAGUCCAAAGAUCAGAUCAGCGACCAAUUCGCCGAAUCCUGAGGAUAGCCCGGGUCAAAAAUUGGGGAAAAUAAAAUUGAAAUUAUCUAAAGGUGGUCAUCCUUCUAUAAUAUCCAAUGAGAAUAUCGAAGAACUUGGACAAUGGUAUUCGGAAGGCUCGUCAUCAUUGUCUCCUCUUGGUAUGAAGAUUAAAUUGUCAAAAUCCGGGGAUGCAUCUAUAGUUUCCACUGAAAAACAUGAAUUGAUUGAUGAUUCUAAAGAAGGUAAAUAUAAAUUUGAAGAAACUAUGCGGACAGAAUCACCAAUUGGAAUGAAAAUCAAGUUGUCAAAGAGCGGUGAUGCGUCUAUAGUGCAACAAGAUACAAAAGAGAUACAAAUAAAGCACAAAGAUAAGCUGGAUAUAGUUCAGGAAAGUCCAAAGAGAACAGAAUCUCCAAUCGGAAUGAAGAUUAAGCUUUUUAAAACUGGAGACGUCUCGAUAAUACAAUCCGAAAGGCAAGAUUUUUCGGAGGAAUAUAAAGAUAAUCUACAACUGAAACCAAAGGAGAAGCUCGAAUCAUGUUAUGAUUCUCCUAAAAGAACUGACUCUCCUAUAGGAAUGAAAAUCAAGUUGUCUAAAAGUGGGGAUGCCUUAAUUGUUUCUCCUGACUUGCCAGAAGAAAGUAAAGAUGUCAGCAAAAUGAAAGAUAAAUUAGAGUCAUCUCCAGAAAUUCCAAAGAGAACCGAAUCCCCGAUUGGAAUGAAAAUUAAGCUAGCAAAAACGAAGGGUGGCGGAGCUUCUAUAAUAUCAGUAGAAAAUAAUGAAGAGGCAAAAGACAUUCCAGAUAUUCCUAAACGAACGGAAUCACCAUUUGGAAUGAAGAUUAAAUUGUCUAAAACAGGUGACGCAUCGAUCGUUCAUUCAGAAGUGUUAGACGAAAUUAAAGAUAAAUUGGAUACAGUUCAAGAUACAUUAAAAUCAUUGGACCCACCAUAUAUUGAGAGCUCACAAGAAGAACAAUCAGUAGAAACCAUGCAUGAAACUUUAAAAGUUGAAUCUCCCCUUGGUAUGAAGAUCAAGCUUUCUAAGUUUGGUGAUGCAUCUAUAGUUUCAUUAGAAAAGCAAGAACAAGUGGAAGAUAGUCCCAAGAGAACAGAAUCACCUCUUGGUAUGAAGAUCAAAUUAUCUAAAACUGGUGACGCUUCGAUCAUACAAACUGAUAUAUCUGAAGAUGCGAAUAAAACAAUACGAACAACCGAGACAGAACAUUCUAAAACUGACGCUUCUCUAGGUAUGAAGAUAAAGCUAUUAAAAACUGGAGACGCCUCUAUAGUGGAUCCAGAGAAGAAAGAUAAAGAACAGAGACGUCGAGACACUGAAUCAUCUCUAGAGAUGAAGAUUAAACUAUCUAAAACGGGUCAUCCAACAAUUGUAGCUUGUGACACUCAAACGGAAAUAUACAAGUCCAAGGAAGCUAUUGAUCCUUCUCAAAAUCUUGCUCAAAGAUACAAAGAGGCUGGACAAGCCAUAUAUAAAGAAUCUGCUCUAAAGAUUCUUAAAGCUGGACAUUCGACCAUUUUGCAAAGUAAUCGUUCAGAACUGACCAUCGAGCCGGUGCAAAUACAGGGAAAGAAAUUAGAGAAUGUGAUUGAAAUGUCUCCGAAGCGCAAGGAUAUCACCAUCGCACCGAUCGAGUCGAAAAAAUCUAAAUUGGAAACUCAACUCACUCAAAUUUUACCUGAGGUUACUAUCCAGCCAGUGACGUCCAGAGAACAGAAGCAAUUCCUGUUUGAUCCUAAAAACAGUGCGAUCAGUCUCCAACAGAUGAAUGUGAUAAAUCAAGAAAUCAGUAUUACUCAAGUGAGACCAGAAAAAUCGUCCGAUGUUUCUAUGAACGAGAAACUGAAGGAUAUUCUAUCAAAGAACGUAUCUGGCUCCCCAUUGAAUUCUGACUGUGAAAUUAUAGAACACCGACCAGAAUUGAUAAUAGUAAACGAGAACUCAAAUUCUAGCCAGGAUGUUGUAAUAAUAGAAGAAGUAACUCCGAAUAGAAUGCCAGAAGUUAAAGUGCCCAAGAAAAGAGGUAGACCCAGAAGGAAUCCAUUACCACAAGGAAUUACUCAUCCUCCGCCUCAUAUGUUAAUACCUAGGGAUCCUUUGUCUUUAGACGAUACACAACAAAUGCAACAACCACAAGUACCCCACUUUCAAGAAUCUAGAGAGAAUGAAAGACCUAAGAGAACCUGUAGAAGCCAGAAGAGUUAUGCACCUCCUAGAAGAGGUAGAGGACGAGGUAGAGGAAAACGAAAAUUAGACACUGUGGAUCCCCAGAUUAUGAAAAAGCCUAGGAUAGAGCAAGAUUUAAACGCGAUAGAAGCUUCUACGACGGCUGUAAUAACAAUAGAUGAUUCUGGACUGCAUCAUGAAUCCUUCGGAAAAUCAUCGGAGUUGUAUAAAGCUCUUAAGCAACCAGCAAUUGAUUCCAAGAUUGCUAAUUCUUCGGGUCCCACGAGUAUGCAUUCUGAAACGAACAAAACAUCGGAAAUGCGGCUGCCUAAACCAAUAUCAAAUGACGUCACAAUUAAGGAUAAAAGAUUGGUCGAAAUAGUUCCUGAAAGAGUGCAAAAGACUGCAACGAAAGCGGAUUCCGAUAACAAAUUUGAUAAACCAAUGGAUAAUACAAAAUUGGAGAAAGAUAUGUUAAUACCACCUGGGCAUCCGAAUUGGUUAACCCCAGUAUCGAAACGAACAGAAAAUACUACAAAACAUGAGAAUAUGUCUACAGUGCAAGUGAUAGAUGAGGAAACAAGAAUGAGUGCAGAAUCAGGUUCUAGAUCUCAGACUCCAGCUAGAAAUAUUUCUGCACCUGCUUCUGAAACUAUAAUAAAUGAGGAGUCUCAAGGAAGUGUACUUAGUACUGCCACUACAGAGUCAGAAAAAGUAAAGGUCAAAAAUAGAAGAAUGGAAAUUAAUUUUGAUCCGGACGAAGGACCAUUUACAGUUGAUAAAAUUGCUGAAUAUGAAUGGCCACUUGACCGUAAAGGUGAAACUUUUAUGAUACAAGAACAAAUAUCUCAAUAUCUUGGUGUAAAAUCUUUCAAAAGAAAAUAUCCAGAUCUGAAGAGAAGAGUUGUUGAUAUGGAAGAAAGAAAUUAUUUGAGAGAAAAUGGUUUGGUUAGCGAGGCAAUGUGUGAUAUGGGUUUAACUGCUAUAUGCAGCUCAGAAGUAUUAGAUGUAAUGUGUAGUGAUUUCCCAGAUCAGUAUGAAGAAUAUCGCAAGCAUAUGCGCGAAAAGCAAGUGAAAGAACAUUCCAAAAAACAAAAAGAAUUAACAGCAGCUGCAAAUGCAGAAAAAAAUAGAAUUGAUCUAGCAGAAAUGGCAGUUCAAUCUGCAUUGUCUUGGAAUAUGAGUUUAAAUAAAGCUCGACGAGAAAAUAGGAAGUGUAGUUUAGAUUUACAAACUUUCACAAUCCACGUGCCAAAGAAACAACAAGAAGUUGAAUCCGAACGAAGAAUUGGUCACUACCCUGUUGCUUUGAUACCAGGACAAUAUACAGAUUACUAUCGAGAAUACACACCAGCUGAGUUACGAUAUUAUCCUUUAAAUACUGUCCUCUAUGGUCCUAUGAGACCAAAUGAACGUAAAUUUGAUAGUCAAUCAGAAGGAUCUCAAAGUGAUAGCGACAGUGAUUCAUCUUCAGAUGAUUCAAGUUCAUCUUCUAGCGAGGGUACGCAGGAUACCGAAGGCUCUCAAUCCACGAUGGACGACGUAGAUAUGGAAAUAGCAAAUCGAAAAGAUGAAAUAAAGUUGAAAUGCAAGAUGUGUUUGAAGACCUUAAAUAAACAUAGUAAAAAUGAAGUAUUGAUUCAGUGUGGUACAUGUAAUGGGCAUGUUCAUCCAUCGUGUAUAGAUUUAACAUUAGAUAUGGUUCCUCAUAUUCAAUCGUAUGCAUGGCAAUGCACAGAUUGUAAAACUUGUGCUCAAUGUCAUGAUCCUGCAGACGAAGAUAAAAUGCUAUUUUGUGAUAUGUGCGAUAGAGGGUAUCAUAUUUACUGUGUUGGUCUUCGACGAGUACCCCAAGGAAGGUGGCAUUGUCAGGAAUGUGCCGUUUGUGUAAAUUGUGGCUCAAGAGAACCUGGUGGUGUAAAUUCUGAUAGAAAUAGUGUUGCUCAGUGGCAACAUGAAUACAAGAAAGGUGACAAGAAUAUUCGUGUUUAUGUUUCAACGCUAUGCGUCCCAUGCUCAAAGCUAUGGCGAAAGGGUCGCUAUUGCCCGCACUGCAGUCGCUGUCAUACUGCUCCAAGACUCGACCUGGAAGCGAAUCUAGUGCAUUGCAGCGCAUGUGACAAAUAUCUGCACUUAGGUAUUGACACAAAUUCCAUAUAAUUCCACUAUAUAUUUUUCAUUGCAUGUUGCGUUUGCAUGCUUCAUCAAAUGUUAUUAUCUUUAAAAGUAAUUUGAAUAUUUAAAUUAUGUACGGGAAAUUUCAGGUAUAAUAAAACAUAUAUCAAUAUUUAUUUAUAGCAUGUAAAGAUUAUUAUCAUUAGUAUUAUUCAUAUUUUCUUAUAGGUUGCGUGGAGACCAAGGGAAUGCCAUUAGACAGGAAAAAUUAUCUAUGUGACUUUUGUGCACCAAAUCGUCAGCAAAUGGUAAAAUCAUUAAUAUCGAGAACAUUGAAAACAUAAACGAAAACAAAAUUUAUAUUUGAGCUCGAAAAGUGUAUAAAAUAUAAAACUUACUUAUUUAGAAAAUUUGAUAAAAUAGAAAUUUUUUAUUUAUAUGGACAAUGAAUAUAUUCUGAAGACAACUUAAACAAUUGAUUUAUUAUAAAAUGUUUCGUAAGAAUUUUAUGAGUGAAAUGAUUGUACAUAAUUGUAUGAUUAUGAUGGAUUUGAAAAAUUAACGUUUUGUUACAAAGUAGUGAUUAUAAUUAGCUAUAUAUGAAACUAAAAAUAUAAAAAAAUUUGCCUUUAAGUGUUAAUAUUCAGUGAAAAUGCUUGACGAUUCUGAUUUUCUUUAUUAUUUUUAUCCUUUUAUUUUUAAAUAUGUUCUUUAUUAAGAUAUUACUGCAAAGUUAA